AUGAAUACCACUAAUGACGGAACUGGGGAAAAGGAAACAAAGCAAUUUUGCGCUGCUUUCGUAGGAAGUCCAGUACCGAGAAAUGCUUAUCGACUGUUUUCCAAGCCACUACUACAUGCCAUCCCCUCCUUGUCUUCUAUAUCAACAACUCCCAGAAGUCGCCCGAGAAUUUCAAUCCAAGCCAUUACCCGAAAAGUUUCGGAUAUUCGUUCCUAUCCUGAAAUAGACAAACAGACAAGACGGAAACUCAGGUUGGAUGCAAAAAAGAUUGCUCGCAAAGAAGAAAAAGCCAAGAAGAUUACGCCACAGGGCUUUGGCGAUCGAACGGGCGUCGGACUGCAUCCUUUCGGCUCUUCGAAACGCACUGAAGCCGAGCGCGAGGCUCGAAUAAAUUAUGUCGCCAGCCCUGUUGGGAGAGAAAUCGCCCAACGAAUAACAGGGAUGCUGUCCGGGGGUAAAGCGGAUAUGUUGCUGCACGUAUUAAGAGCUCGAUUUUUGGAAAGAGUGGAUAAAGUAGCGUACGAUGAAGAGGUCAAGCUCACUCCGGACAUCGGGAAAGUGUACAUGAAACUAUUGGAUGAAAUUAUGUUGUGCGACUCAUUGUAUUAUUCCGAUAACCCAAAGCCUCGAAUAUCAGAUGAACAGUACGAUGAGCUUAUCAUGCACUUGAUAGAGCUGGAACGUUUUUUUCCAGAGCUCAUACGUCCCGAAUCGCCGAGUCAAAACGUCGGACAUGGGGCCGCUGCGCGAUCGUCCAAGCUGGGGCUUGACAGCGAAAUUGCUGACAAACCGAUCACUGCUCGUGAUUCGUUUGCAGCCACCGUGCCUAUCACAGAAAAGCGCUUUCCUCAAUACCGCCACAAGGCUCUCAUGUUGUCGCUAGAUAAUGCCUACAAGCACGACGAUUUAGUUUCUUUUGCAAGACGUGCUGCAGACGCGAAUUCCGAUAUAUCGGCGGAAUUGAAGGUAGACGGCAUCGCUUUGUCACUCGAGUACCACAAUGGCAAGCUUGCUGCAGCAGCUACGAGAGGGAACGGCAGGAUUGGUGAAGACAUCACGGAUAAUGUAAGGGCUGCACUCGUCGGCAGAGGCGUCGUGGACGCCAUUGAGGACCCUCUAGCCCCUGACUUGAUACUCGUGCGAGGAGAAGCAUACAUCGCCCCUCAUGAUUUUGAGGAAGUGAAUGCUGCUUUAAAGAAUAAGCUAAGUAAUCCAAGAAAUGCAGCUGCAGGUGCUCUAAAACACAAAUUACCAUCUGAAGCCAAGUCCCGCAAACUAAGUUUUGUGGCAUACGAAUGUUUGAAUGGAAAUCUCAUGAAAAGCGAUGAUGUCGAGACAUCCUCAAAUUCAACCAUGAUUGGCAAGAAGCCCUUUCCUACUCUUCGAAACACGUGGCCCACACAGUCGGAGACAUUGAAAAGGCUGGCGGAAUGGGGCUUUGGGAAAAUGCCGCGAUUCGAGCGUUGUGGUGACCUAACAACUGCUGAACUAUUUGCCAAUGUGGUGGAAGAAGAUCGACGAAGCCUUCCCCUGGAGGUUGAUGGAGUGGUUCUUAAAUUUAACGAUUCUAGGGCUCGCGAAGCUGCAGGGCACACAGCUCGGGCUCCUCGCGGAGCAGUAGCAUUAAAAUUUGCAGCCCAGUCGAAGGUUACAGUACUUGAAGAUGUCGUCAUGCAAGUCUCGCGGAAUGGGGUAAUAACUCCAGUUGCUAUCCUGAAACCUGUGCGUGUUGGUGGAGCUGUUCUUUCCAGAGCGACUCUCCACAAUUUCGACGAAGUCCAAAGACUGGGUGUGGCCGUUGGUGAUGACGUGAGGGUGGAGAGAGGCGGUGACGUUAUUCCAAAGAUAGUGAAAGUAGAACGUCGAAGUUCUUCCAUGGAACGCAGAGAACUUCAACCUCCCCUUGAAUGCCCAUCUUGUUUUGGCGAGGUACUUUCUGAGACUGAUGAUUUAACCGGGUCUAGUACUGUCGAGUGCCAAAACGCAGAAAAGUGCCUAGCCCAAGUUCACGGACGACUCAUUCACUUUGCUGCGAAAGAUGCAAUGGAUAUCAGAGGCCUCGGCAAAAAGACGGCUGACAAACUAAUUGAUUCAGGCCAUAUUGUUGUUCUCGCAGACCUGUUUCGUCUCACGCUGGGGGAUCUUCUCAGCCUGGAAGGGUUUGCAGAGAAAAGCGCCCAAACUCUACUUGAUUCAAUUCGUGAGGCCUCGACGCAACGAAGUUUGGAGAAUCUUAUAUUUGGCCUCGGACUCCCAACGGUCGGGCGCACAGGCGCACGAGCUCUUGCGCAAAAUGUCAUGUCGAUUGAAAGGCUGUUAGAGAUUGCGUUGCAUGAAGAUGAAGCGGAUUCCCUCAUAACUAUUCCAAAUUUCGCGGAGAAGACUGCUCAUGCUGUCCAUUCAUUCCUGAGGAGAGAAAGGACUCAGGCAGAGAUUAAGGCUUUGAUGGAGAAUGUCCGUUGUAAGAGCAUUGUGGAUGAGGAAGAUGCGAUACCAGAUAUGUCAGUUUCUGCAUCUGGAGAAGUCGCGGGAAAAUCGUUUGUGUUUACCGGAAAGAUCGCAAGGACGUCUAGAAAUCGGUUGAAGAAGCUGAUAACGAAGGCUGGGGGUGUAGUCCGGACCGAUGUAACAAGAAAGACUGAUUACGUGGUGGUUGGAUUGGAGCCGGGGCAAAAGUAUUUUAAAGCGCAGCGUCUUAAUGUCAAGACUUUACAAGAAGAAGAAUUUCUGCAGCUAUUUAAACUGAGCGAAGAAGAAGCAAGGGAGAUUCGUGAGGGGGCAAUAUAA